CUUGCAUAGCUGCUCUGUACUUCGUACACAUCACAAAGACCACGAAAUCAUGUGGCGGAGUUCCUCAGCCUCCGCUGAUCCUUCUUCCUUUCGUCUCCCCGCCUUCAAUUUCUCGUCAGCCUCGUCCUUUUUGACAUCAUUUCUAUUCUUUUUCAUUCCUUCCUUAUUCUCCGAUCCCCUGUCUCACAUUCUCUGGCAUCGUUCUCCCCGGCUUCGCAGGAUGGUCCAUUCCUGAAAUCUUUUCCCCUUCUCCCAGUCCAAUCGGUCCCGCGCCGGCAUUCCGCCCUGAACGCCCACCAUGAACAUCAGCCUUCGAUCCAGUCAGUCCUCCUACGGAGACCCUCGCUAUCUAUCUACCGCCACCGUCUCCGAUGUCCACGGUCCGCCUGCCAAGUCCUUGGUCGAUGGCUAUCGCGAUGCCGUUCACCCCGACCAGGACCGUCCGCGGUACAACCCGCUCAACCCGGCUCACCCACGCAGCUCGGCGCUCCUCAAUCCCAGGGAUCCAGUCAUGAUGUACCUUCUGACCGAAACCGCCAUGGGCGAUAGCACCGACUACGAGGUUCUCUCCUUCGACGAGGUGGAGCAACUCAAGAAAGAGCGCUCUCUCCUAUCAACCCGUAUCGAGAGCACCAAGCGGAAACUCGCCAUGGAAACCAAGAUUCGCGAUGCGGCCCAAUCUCUCGGUCGACUCUACAGCCCCCCAAGCCCCCGAAGCAGCGGCGAGUACGGCGCCAACGGUACCGACAAGUCGCAUCGGCGCAGCCGGAGUAUAUUUGGGCGGAGUGGUGCCGCAGAAGCUCUGGACAAGAGCGACUCGGAACUGGCAAUGAGCCAGCGGAGAUGCGAAGAGCUGGCGCAAGAGCUGUGGAAGUUGGAACAAAAGUCCAGUCAGAUCUCACAGCGCUUGCUCGAACAUACCGCGGGAAUCUUGCAGAUGACCCACAAGGGCUUGAAGAAGACUCCGAAAAAUCUGGACGGUUCGGAUGGUCGUGACGAUGGGUACGACUUUGACGAUCGCAGCCUGUACCGGACGAAGGAGCAUCUGGACACUUUUGGAGUGAAUGGGAGGAUAGAGAAUGUCUCUACUGGUGCGACGGUCGAUUCUGAAUCUCAGAAAAGGUUGGAGGAGCUCAGCGAGCGCCUCUGCAAUAUGAUGAUGCAGGCCAACCCGAAUGAAUUCGUCGAACCACCACCUCACCCGGGUUCAUCUAAUAUGGAGGCACACAUCGCAUACCUGGAGCAUGGGCUGCAAUCGCUCCACUCCGUUGGCUCCGCUAGAGCCUUGCCGGUCGAUACCGAUGUUGCCCCCGAGACUGAAGGCGCAUGGAAGCUGCAACUCACGCACAUCAACAAUCGAGUUCAAAGCAUCGUUGAUCGAUUCGGCUUGACCCGAUCACCGACUCUACCUCCGCCUCCUGCUGCGUCGGACGGUGAAGGUCUACAGGAGCAGCUGUCAUAUCUCCAGGCCGGUGUGGACGGUCUCGCCAGCCGAGUAGAUGGAUUGUUGGAGCAGAAGAGCAUCCUUACCACCCAAAUCCAGCAACAACGUGAGCUCAACAGCAAGUCCGAUGCGGAGCGAGAUGCUCAUAUUGCCGACUUGACCGAACAGCUAGCUCAGGUGCGACGGGACUACGAGGCUUCUGAGGAUCAGAGCCAGGGCCAUCGUGAUGAGCUGGUUGUGAUCAAGCAACAGCUCGAGGCUCUGCGUAACAACGGCUCCCCUGCUGACGAGGUCAAGGCUUCCCUGGCACAGGCUGAGGGUGAGAUCGCGCGCUUGCAGAGUAUCGUGGACUCGCUGCAUGCUGAGGCUGAUAUGCGUGCCGAGGAGGUCAGGGAGGCGCACGACCGCGCGGAAGAAGUCAGGGAAGCCAACGAGCGCGCCGGGCAAGAAAUGACCCAGCUCGAGACCGAGAUCCAGCAGAUCCGCAGUGAAUCUGACGCUCGCUUGAGAGAGGUGCUUGAUCAACGCGAUCAAGCCGAGGCUCAACUGAAGGAGAUGCUUGAUCAGCGCGAGCAUGCUGAUGCUCAACUGAAGGAGAUUCUUGACAAGCGCGACCACGCUGAUGCUCAGAUGAAGGAGAUGCUUGAUCAGCGCGAGCAUGCUGAUGCUCAACUGAAGGAGGUUGUCGAGCAACGUGACCAGGCCGACGCUCGUAUGAAGGAGGCGCUCAGCGAGCGCGAUCAGGCCGAAGAGAAGGCUUCUCGCCUGCAACAGGAGAUGACGGAGCUCGAAGGCGAGGUCGUGCGCAUCACCACUGAACUCACCAUGGUCAAGGCCGAACUUGACGGCGCCUACGGUACCCGUGCCCAGCGUGCCGCCGAGGUGGCUGCCAACCCCGAGAUCCAGAAAGAAAUUGAUAGCCUCCACACGCGCAACAUCGAGCUGACCGAGGAGCUUGCCAUGCUCAAGGGCCAACAAGGCGGUGGCGACCUUCAGCAACGGGCUGAUACCCUUGAGAAGGAGCUCCGGGAGACUCUUGAUGAUUACGAGGCCAUGACCAAGGCGAGCAUCGAGUUUGAGAAGGAACGUGAACAAUUCGAGAGCCUUAUUGAUUCGAUGCGGGAUCGCUGCGAGCAGCUGGAGCAGCAGCUCAGUGAGGAGCGUAUCAACUGGAUGAAUUUGAAUAGUCCUGGCUCCGUGGGCCGCGAUCCAUCGUCCGAGACCACAUCGACGAUGGUACUGAAGAACGAGUUCAAGAAGAUGAUGCGUGAUACGCGCAACGAAAACAUGAAGAUCCUUAAGAGGGAACAAGAAGAGCGGCGCAGAAUCGAGGGUCUCCUCCGAGCCCUCAGAAAAGAGCACGCUCAAGUAACUGGCAAACCCAUGGCCAGCCCCGUUGGCACCCCAUUAUGAUGAUGACACUGGUUUCUGUUUUCGGACAUAUUUGCAUUUCGAUCAGGACUUGUAUAUAUAGACACACUUUACUUUCUUUCAUUGUAUAAUUAUUGCAUGAGCGCUUCCCACGGCAAGCGCGACGAUGUUAUUACCCCAUUUUACUUCUCAGCCAAGUUCAAUCUUCACGAAUGAUACUUUCGAUCCCAACACUUAG